GUCGUCGUCGUCGUCUUCAGUGGAAGUGGACGGACACACAAGUGUUUCUUCAUUCGCAUUAACUCAUUUAUUUUUGGGUAGAUAAGGUUUCGUUUUGUUUUCUUAAUCUUUGUUUUACUCGUGAGAAGAAAUUAAUAACAACAGUUUUGAAAUAAAUAAUGAAUUCUUCAUAUUUCACAACAAAUUAUAUGUACAUACAUAUCUCCGUUUAGACAUAUUUAAUAACAAAGUCUAAAAAAUUGAUACAGAAUUGACUGAAUCGCAUUAAUUUCCAGUUUAUAUGACUUAUGCCAUUUGUUUAUGUGUUUAUCCGUCCAUCAUUAUGCCUUGUUACAAGCUAAUCGUCAUUCUUUUAAACCACAAUUAAAUGUCAACCGGACCGACAGCUUAAGUGGUUCGAUAAAAACUUUCGUGGGAGAAACCACAAAAACUAAUAGUGAAUAAAUCCCAAAUUAGAUGGUAUUAGUUGCGCUUGCUAAGAAAAUGCCUGAGUUUGCACUUCGGGUUCAAGUUCAAACUAUACAAUGAUGGUAUGCUUGAGUAAGCACCGACUAUUGUGACCAAUGUUUUAUAAUCACAGACUAUCCACAUCCUCGUAUGUUAAGUGCAAAACUUACUUAAUCCAAUUAAAAGUUUAAGAACUAUUACAGUGCUGAUUUGCCAUAACAUCGAUAUCAGAUAUCACUAUUUAGUAUUUUAUCUAUUGGAAUACUUAUGUACAUACUUUAAGCAGAGUAGAUUGCUGGGAUAAGCCGCUCCUGGGUUAUCGCUUAACAACACCGAUUAUAUUUAUCGCUUUUAAAUACCUUGAGUUAAAUUAGUUUAAAGUAACGUCAAAUGAAUAAUUAAAUGCUUUUGAAAAUGCUCGCAGUUUCUUUCUUUAUUUUGCAUUCUACCGCCAAGGAAUAUAGAAUCAGUGCGUAGUUAAAAACAUUUAAAUUAAAAACUCAAAAUAACAACACCUACGGUUUACGGUUUAAAUUUAUAUAUCUAUAUUGUGUUAAUACAAAUUUUAUUUCGAUGUUUCCACCUCCUAAAAUGAACUGUAAACCAAGGACCAGUGAAAGUCCACAAAGAGACAGUUCAUUGGAAAGUAUAAAUAAGUGGUUAGAAGAAAAUCCGAAUAUUAACGCUUGUCGAGAUGAAAAUCAUUUAACAUUUUUCUUAAGAAGUUGCAAAUAUGAUCUUGAAAAAACAAAGAAAAAAAUCAAAAGUUUCUACAUAAUGCGAGCUGAAAGAACUGAGUGGUUCGCUAACAGAGAUCCGUUUUUGCCAGAAAUUCAAGAACUUCUUAGUAUUGGAGUUUUUCUGCCUCUCGAAGAAAAAGACGAUCUUUGUCGACAGGUUGUCAUAAUACGAACAUCGGCACAUAAUCCCAGAGUUCAUUCUCAGAAUAAUGUAUUUAAGGUCAGCAAAAUGAUAUUGGAUUUAUUGCUUAGAUCCGAACCAGAAAUUUCCAGUACAGGAAUUGUAGCCGUUUUUGAUAUGGUUGGUGUAGAACUCGGUCACGCUUUGCAGCUAACACCAAAAUUAAUAAAACGAUCGGUCGAUAGCUGGCAAGUUUAUCCAUGUAAACCAAAAAUGCUGGAGUUUGUUAAUGCACCAACCCAUGUUAAUUUUGUACUUAACACAUUUAGACUCUUUAUGACUACCAAAAUGCGAUCGCGUAUUGUUGUGCGUAAAGGGACUUCCGAAACAAAUGUUAAACUGCCAAGAGAUCUUGGUGGUACUGGUAUGAGCUAUAAGGAAUUGGCGCUUAAGUGGAAAACUGCAGUUGAACAAAAUGCUGAUUAUUUUGCAGAGUAUGAAAAAUAUAAAACUAUACUGAAGUGACAGAUGAUUUUUUUUUAUUUUUUAUUUAUCUGGUUAAAAAUGUGGGGCUAGCAGAGUUCGUAAUAUUAAAUAAAAAUGUGUUUAGUUACAAAUAUUAAAAACUAAAUUAACUUGAUUUAAGAAUUGAGUAGUAAAAUUUAAAUGGAGAUGUAUUAACACAUGACAUUAUUUACUCUCAAAUUGUAAAUAUUAAUAUAAUAAAAAUAAAAUAAUUAUAUAAUGUA